UUUACAAAGUAUUCCCGCCAAAUGUGGCUUCCCUGAACUGGAUGUUUUGGUUACUGACAGAUUUAUAUUACAAUAACUAGAAAAGAAACGUCAACUGAUAUUAUAGGGUGGUGACUUUUUUGCAACAUUUAUAAAAAAAAAUUGUCAAAAAUAUAUCAUAAACGACAACAAUGAGUGAACAAAACUCUCCCAUACAUUCUGAACGAAACACAGAGGCAAUGACUUCUCCUGCACCUGAUAUAGAUGAACCGUUCGAAAAUGAAUCUGAUUUACUUGAUGGAGAAAAUGAGCACAAUAAUGAGGAAGAAGAAGAAGGAGAAGAAUUAUUUGGAGAUAAUAUGGAAGCUGAUUAUCGACCUAUGUCAGCAUUGGACAGAUAUGAUCCUAAUCUUCUUGAUGAUGAAGAAUAUUCAGACAUAUCUCAAGGAGAACGUGUAGCUGCUGAAACUGAAAUGCGAAAAAGAGAUCGUGCAGCGGGUAUUAUAAGGGACGACCGUGAUUUACUCUAUGAUGAAACUGAUGAAGAGGAUGUACAGGCGCGCAAGCGACGUAUGGCUGAAAAAGCUGCUGCUGGUAUAAUAGAAGAUGCAGAGAUGAUAGAAUCUAUUGAAAACUUAGAGGAUACAAAAGGACAUUCAGUAAAAGAAUGGGUCAUGAUGCUGGGACCACGAACGGAAAUUUCAAAUCGCUUUAAGAGUUUUUUACGUACUCAUACGAAUUCGAAAGGACAGUACAUGUAUAAAGAACGUAUUCGUCAUAUGUGUGAAAGUAAUCAGUCCAGUUUUGUAGUGGAAUUUCCUAUUCUUGCCAGUAAGGAACAUGUUUUGGCCUAUUUCUUACCAGAGGCACCAUUCCAAAUGCUUGAAAUAUUUGACGAAGUAGCAAAGGAGCUGGUAUUAACAAUUUUUCCUAGUUAUGAGAGAGUCACGUCGGAGAUUCAUGUAAGAAUAUCCGAGUUGCCGUUAAUAGAGGAAUUACGAACAUUCAGAAAACUUCACCUAAAUCAAUUGGUCCGGACUCUUGGAGUCGUCACGGCUACGACUGGAGUGCUGCCGCAAUUAUCAGUGGUAAAAUAUGAUUGUACGAAGUGCGGCUACAUUCUUGGACCAUUCGUUCAAUCCCAAAACACGGAAGUCAAGCCAGGCUCAUGUCCCGAGUGUCAGAGCAUUGGUCCGUUCAUGAUCAAUAUGGAGCAAACGAUAUACAGGAAUUACCAGAAAAUCACGAUACAGGAAUCUCCAGGUAGAACACCAGCUGGCAGAAUACCCCGCAGUAAGGACUGUAUUCUGUUAUCCGAUCUCUGCGAUCGUUGCAAACCAGGAGAUGAAAUAGACGUCACCGCUAUUUACACCAAUAAUUAUGACGGCUCUUUGAACACCGAACAAGGCUUCCCGGUAUUCUCCACAGUAUUGUUAGCCAAUCACUUAUUCGUCAAGGAUUCGAAGGAGAUCGUGAAUUCGCUGACAGAGGAAGACAUCUCGAGUAUACUCGCUUUGAGCAAGGACCAACGCAUUGCCGAUCGCCUAGUUGCAAGCAUCGCACCUUCGAUUUACAGUCACGAAAACAUUAAGAGAGCCUUGGCGCUCUCGAUAUUCGGCGGCGAACCGAAAAAUCCUGGUAAUAAGCAUAAAGUUCGAGGCGACAUCAAUGUUCUGCUGUGUGGCGAUCCUGGCACCGCCAAAUCGCAAUUCUUGAAAUACGUGGAAAAAGUGGCACCCAGAGUAGUCUUUACCACUGGUCAGGGGGCUUCGGCCGUCGGUCUGACCGCUUACGUGAGAAGAUCGCCCACUACCAGAGAGUGGACCUUAGAAGCUGGAGCUUUGGUCCUUGCCGAUCAUGGAAUAUGUCUCAUCGAUGAAUUUGACAAAAUGAACGAUCAAGACAGAACGUCCAUCCAUGAAGCAAUGGAGCAGCAAAGUAUUUCUAUUUCCAAGGCCGGUAUCGUCACAUCUCUCCACGCCAGAUGCGCAGUGAUAGCGGCGUCUAAUCCUAUCGGCGGUCGAUACGACCCUAGCAUGACCUUUUCAGAAAAUGUGGACCUGUCGGAACCGAUUCUCUCGCGAUUUGACGUGCUGUGCAUAGUCAAGGACGAGAUCGACCCCAUGCACGAUCGUCAUCUGGCCAAAUUCGUUGUCAAUUCGCACAUCAAGCAUCACCCCACGAGCACGGAGAGAACACAAGCCGUAGAACUGGACCCCGUCACGCAGAGUUUGUGCAUUCCGCAAGACCUUCUCAAAAAAUAUAUUGUUUACGCUAAACAGAACAUCCAUCCCAAGCUGACUAGCAUUGAUCAAGACAAAGUAGCAAAGUUGUAUAGUCAAUUGAGACAAGAAAGCUUAGCGACCGGAAGUUUGCCGAUCACUGUUCGCCACAUAGAGAGCAUUAUUCGCAUGGCAGAGGCUAGCGCGAAAAUGCAUUUGAGAGAUCAUGUACAAGAGAGCGACAUGAAUCUCGCCAUCAGGAUGAUUCUUGAUAGUUUCGUCGAAACACAGAAAUAUUCCGUAAUGAAAUCCAUGCGCCAGACGUUCCAGAAGUACCUAUCGUACAAAAAAGAUCACAGCGAACUCUUGUAUUAUAUACUACGGCAAAUCACAUUGGACACUCUGGCGUUUCAGAAGGCUUUGCACGGUGGACGUAUUGCAACUGUUGAAAUUUCAGAAAAGGAUCUAUUGGAGCGGGCCAAGCAAAUCGACAUACACGAUCUGCAUCCAUUUUACGAGAGUGACAUAUUUAAAACGAACAACUUCGUUUAUGAGCCAAGACGAAAAGUAAUAGUACAGACUCUGCCCGAAGGUAUUGAGGAUUGAUCUGAGGAAAGCGACAUUAUAUUUUUGUACAUGUAUUUUGUAUAUGUAUUUAAAUCUUGUAACAAAAUAGUAUAUAUGACUUUUUUAUCCAGCAAUGUAAAACUUUUAUAUCGUUCAAGUGCCUGACAAAAUAAGAAUUAACGUACUAUAUCAACCGCGUAUUAUUAUUAUACAAUUAUAGUAUAAGAGUCAAGAAAUUUAGGAACAAAUUAAUAUAUAGAACACCAAAGUACAUCCAAAUGACUAACGCGAAAUCGAUUUCUGUAAACAUAUUAAGAUUCACGCCUAAAUAUAUAAUUUAUUUAAGUUAAAAUGGAAACUCGCUUUAACUUGUAAAAAGUGUUUCCAACUAAUUCAUUAAAUAUUCUUGUUUAUUUUUGUCAAUACAUGUUCCUAAAUUUUUUGAAUCUUAGGUCAUUUAUAUAAUUCUGACAAUAAACCUGUCAUUAAAUAUAUUAAAUUAUAUUCCUGACAAAGAGCAGCUAUAUCAAUACUAUCAUAAGUACGGUGUGCAUACAAUAGUAGCAAAAAUAAUCGUCAUAUAUUUAAACAUUAACUUUAUACAUUAAUCGAUGAUAGAUUUUUGUAUCAUGCUCAAUAUCCAAAAUUAUAAAAUUUUUACGAAAAAUAAUACUAAUGCACUUGAUAGAACUCAUGCAGUAUUCUCUUGCAAUAUAUCAAUGAUAA